AUGCUAGCUGCUGAUGUAACGAGUGAUAAUGCUCCUAGCAACUUGAUGCACCAGUCAGAUACAGAUCUGUGCACAGCAAGAUGGCAGUCCUUGGACCAGACAGACAGGAUAUUUGUGGCCCUCAUGUUCUUCAUCAAGUCCCUGCUUGUUGCAUCCUUAGUGUUGGGAGUCCAGUUACAUCUGCACCAGCCUCAGCGGUUCCUGUUUGUGGAAGUCGGUAGGACAGCAGAGAUCCACUGCUCCUUUGGGGAAGAUGUGGAAGCAGGAGUAAAUGUGCACUGGUAUCUGAGAAGGGCAGGUGAGGUCCCCAAGCGCAUGAAGGACUGUGGGGAUGGUACAAAUGGGAGCAAAUUCGCUUGCAAGCAUCAGAAAUACAGCACAACACUGGAAAUCAGGGACAUCCAAAGGAAUGAGUCUGGCAUUUAUUACUGUGCACAUGCGGACACCAACACCUUGACUUUUGGGAACGGAACCACGGUGAUCGUUGGAGACAGCUUCACCGACAGCAGCUCUGUGCUGCUCCUGGGUCCCAUUGCAGGGGAGAAUGGAGAUAUGGAUCCUGCACAUCUGGCCUGUGUGAUCCGGGGUGUCUCCAACCUGGUCCAGGUGUCCUGGCGUGUUCCUGGAGAGGAGCCAGCCCAGGGGCUGCCGCGCACACUGGAAGCCAGUGCUGGGACCUUAACACUCAUCCAUGGCAUCAGCAUCCCCUGGGCCAGCUGGACCAGUGGGGUGGCCGUCACCUGUGAGGUCACAUUUAACUCAUCUGGCAGCAGCGUUACCAGACACAGCGUGUAUGCUCCAUGUGAGUGGUUCCAUGUUUAA